AUGUCACAUACACUUGAAGAAAUGUCUGCUGCUGAGUCUUCUGAAAGCCCUUGUGAACAAAAAAACCAACUUGCAAGAGAAGCCCAUGCUCGCCGUGCAGCAAAUGAAACUAAUAAAAAAUCUGAGCAGUGCCGAAGUGCUCAAAGACAAGCAUAUACACGGUGGUGUGAAAAUGAAACUUCUGAAGAAGCAGAAUAUUGUCGAAAAAAACAAAAUGAGGCUAAUAAACAUACCUCCAAUUUAGCGUGCAUUGAUAACUAUGAUACAACUGCUGUAAUUUCACAUUCCGAAGGACUUAUAAAUGUUGAAU